GUCCGCUACGGGUCCGUGUUACCACAGGAGGCAGCUCGAGCUCUGGGUUUACUUCGGCCUCUUCUGCCUCGUUCGGGUUGUAUUGGGUAGGCACAGUGCCUUUGAAUGCCGAGCAGCAAGCUGUGUCCUCUGAGAGAUGGCUGUCACCGGUGUGGGAGUUCUGUUUUUGAGUUUGCUUUGCUUUGCUUUGUGUACACAUGGGGCGCCCCGUACCUUUAGCAUGGACUACAAGAGCGACUGUUUCCGGAAAGAUGGGGAAGAGUUCCGCUACAUCUCAGGAAGCAUCCAUUACAACAGGAUACCUAGAGUAUACUGGAAAGACCGGCUGCUGAAGAUGUACAUGGCAGGACUGAACACCAUCCAGACAUAUGUUCCAUGGAACUACCACGAGCCGUCUCCAAACCGGUAUGAUUUUGGCGGAGACAGAGAUCUGGAUCACUUCCUGCAGCUAGCCCAUGACUUGGGCCUCCUGGUCAUACUCAGGCCAGGACCAUACAUAUGUGGAGAGUGGGACAUGGGUGGCUUACCUGCCUGGCUGCUCAACAAGAAAGACAUCGUCCUGCGUUCUUCAGAUCCAGACUACAUUGCUGCUGUUGAUAACUGGAUGGGGAAGCUGCUGCCAAUGAUAAAACCUUUCCUCUAUCAGAAUGGGGGACCCAUCAUCACUGUUCAGGUGGAGAAUGAGUACGGCAGCUACUUUGCCUGCGACUACAACUACCUUCGUCAUCUGAUUGCGCUGUUCCGUUCCCACCUGGGAGAUGAAGUGGUGCUGUUCACCACAGAUGGUGCUGGUCUGGGUUAUCUCAAGUGUGGCUCCAUACAGGGGCUGUAUGCCACUGUGGACUUUGGACCAGGCGGGAACGUGUCUGCUGCAUUUGAAGCACAAAGACAUGCCGAACCACACGGCCCUCUGGUGAACUCUGAAUUCUACACUGGCUGGCUUGACCACUGGGGGCAGCCCCAUGCGGUAGUGUCCACCUCCAUCGUUGCAAAGUCCCUGAACGAGAUCCUCGCCUUGGGUGCUAAUGUGAACAUGUACAUGUUCAUUGGAGGGACGAAUUUUGAAUACUGGAAUGGUGCCAAUACACCCUACGCCCCUCAGCCUACUAGCUACGAUUACAACGCACCACUAACAGAGGCUGGAGAUCUUACAGACAAGUACUUUGCCAUCCGAGAUGUGAUAAAAAUGUACAACAAGAUUCCAGAGGGUCCAGUUCCUCCGACAACUCCUAAAUAUGCAUAUGGACCAGUACAAAUGAAGAAGUACCAGACCGUGACUGAUGCCCUAAGAAUAUUGUCUUUCUCUGGACCUGUCAAAAGCACCUACCCUCUUAACUUUAUUGACAUGAAGCAGGUCUUUGGGUUUGUUCUCUAUCGGACUAUACUACCUGUUGACUGCAGCUCUCCCACCCCUCUGUCUUCUCCCCUGAAUGGAGUCCACGACAGAGCCUACGUGUCAAUAAAUGGGGUUGCCGUGGGUAUCCUUGAACGGAACAAAGCCCAGACGAUGAAUAUCACGGGGAAGGCUGGCAGCCAGGUGGACAUUCUAGUGGAAAAUAUGGGAAGGGUCAACUAUGGAAAAGAGAUCAACGACUUUAAGGGACUGGUAUCCAACUUGACUCUGGCAGCAGAUGUGCUUGAGGGCUGGAUCACAUACAGCCUCAGCAUUGAUGAGGCCAUCAGCCAGGGACUCCUCUGGAAAACGGACUCUUUGGAGGGGGCUAUCACUGCUGCCCCUCCCUCCCAGCUUUCCCCUCCAGCCUUCUAUGUAGGCAGCUUUGCUAUACCCGAGGGCAUCCCAGACUUGCCCCAGGACACUUACAUUUAUUUCCCUGGCUGGAGGAAGGGACAGGUUUGGAUCAAUGGUUUUAACUUAGGCCGGUACUGGCCCUCCAGAGGCCCUCAGGUGACCUUAUAUGUGCCUGCCAGUGUCCUCAGCACAGCCAUGCCCAAUAACGUGACGGUUCUUGAGCUUGAGGGCGCUCCUGAGCCCUGCACUGUGAAGUUCACCAUCACCCCAGUGCUCAACGCGACGGUCAAGUCAGAAGACAAUCACAAAGGGAUACUGUUUUACAAGAAGGAUUGGCUGUGAUUCUUCUUGCCAAUGCACAUCAGGAAAUGGACAGUUUGCACUAGAGCUUGCACUAUUCAUUAUAUCCCUGUCCUAUAUCGACCCAGCCUUAUCCGUGUGGCUCAUACAGACUUUAUUGGUGUAGGUACUAUGAGGACAGCUAUACUUCAAACUACUGGAUCAGGUUAUGUGUUCUUUGCAUAAAUACCAUAUUAGCUGAUGUGGCAUUUAAUGUUUAUAAUCUUAUAUUAUUAUUAUAUUAUAUUAUUAUUAUAUAUAAACAUAUAUUUAACUUUAAUAAGGUUAAAGGCUGAUUAUACUACCUCGUUAAUUGUGUUCUGUGAUAUUUUUCAUUCUAAUUUACACUUGCUUUUAUUCAAAUUACAGAACUUCAGUACUUUGAGUGGUGCAGACAGUCAGUUUAGCUUGUUAAUUUGUGAGUACUGUAAAAUGCAGCUAUUUAACUGCAAAUUUAUAAAAGCAUGGCAGUAUAAUGUCGCUCUGGAUAAGAGCAUCUGCUAAAUGACUAAAUGUAAUUAAUAAUGUGCCAAAUUCUGAACUGCUUUUUUGAUGUUUUGUUUAGUGACUCCUCUCUGCCAGGGGUUCUUCAAUAUCUGCAAUUUUUAUGGAAUUUAUCAUUGGGCUUUUUUGUAAUCAUAAAAUGUAAUUAUUUUGCACUUUUCACAAAUCCUUAGGAAACCAUAGCAAUGUAUACAACAUGGAAGUGUGAUGCACAAGCAUUUUCAAACUUUUAAAAUACUUGAAAUAAAAAGCAUUUAUAUUUGCUUUG